GUCCCGCCCCGUGGCCCCAGUGGACGGGGUCAGGCCGGUGGCGCGGUUUUGGGACCGCGCUGCGGGAACGGGAGUAAUUUUAAAGCGAAACCGUCCAAUGCCUUCGGGAGGCGAGAGUGUUUGUCAGGAUGUGUGAGCAGGGUCUGGAGAUGGCCUCCAUCUUGCCGGCUCUGCGGGAGUUGGAGAGUGCUCGUCCAGAAGAUUACAACAUUGUGGUGCAGAAGCCAAGACAGAUUCUUUGUCAGUUUGUUGACAAAAUGCUCACAGAUGUAGAUGUUGUUGCUUUGGAGCUUUCGAAGAAGACUGAUUCUCAGCCAACAUGUGUGAUGUUGUUGGAUUUUAUCCAACACAUUAUGAAGUCCUUUCCUCUUAUGUUUGUAAACAUACCACGAAAGCCAACUCGAGAAAUUCAGCAGCUCAGUAGUGAUGAUGAGUGCAGUUGUAUUGGUUUCAGUAACUGGAUUAUAACCAGGCUUCUUCGGAUUGCUGCAGCCCAAAACUGUCAAGUGCUUCAUGACUGUGUUGCAAAAAUUAUACUUUCUUUGCUUUGGCUGUUCAAGAGCAAGAAUCCCUUUAUAUUUGGAACACAAACCAAGGAACUAUUGGGCCUCUUUCAGGAUUUGAUCUGUCUGAGGGAGAAGAACCUGAUGAUGUACAAUAAGCAGAGUUCGUUCUUCCAGCCAUUCGUAGUUAAUCGUUUUGUUGUGGCUGAGAGAGAAGAUGCAGGAUAUUUGACCCCUGCACCUCUUCAGUUGUCCUGUGUACUACAAGUAGAAUCGUUGGAGGUCAUAUUACUCAGAAUACUUUCUUCAGUUCUCUCGAGUGUGUUUUGCAGAAGACAAAGACUUGUCUUGUGGGAAAUAGGAUGCUCUCUUUUAGAACAUGGCAGUCCCAAGAUUAAGGGCAUUGUGUUGGCCUUGUUAACAAAGUUGAUAAACCUUGGAGGACCACCCCCAGAAGAAUUGGCAGACAUGUUCUUUAUGAGUUUUAUUGGUUUCUUGAAACGGUUUAAAGAGGCUGACAGAGCAGAAUUAGAAUUGUAUGAAGAGCCAUUUGCGUGUUUGGUCAGAGCACUCUUUCCUGUCACUGCUGAGCAUCAUGCAAGCACAUUCACGAUAGAACCCAUUUACCUUAAUAUGUUGAUGGAGAAACUAAGUUUCUUUAUGGGAGAUGGACUGUUGAGACUCAUUAAUUCUGAUAAAUUGAGAUCAGCUCUAUGUCAAAUAUUUCAGCACUUUUUGAUGUUUGCUCCAUCAGGACUAGUGUGUGCUGCGCCAAUACAGAAAAACCGUAUACAUUUAAUAUGCACAGCUUUAAUUGAAAUGAUAGGAACUGAACCCAAGCAGGAGUAUUUGUUAAGUUGCUUGUAUAUUGCAAUGAGAGCAGAAGGGAUGACUGUUAUCCAGGAAAUGCGUAAUCAAAACCAAGAACAAGUUCCCGAAACAGAUGGAGAGAGUAGCAGCGAUGAAGUUCCUGAGAAAAAGCCACGUUUGAGUUUUACUGCAGAGUGUAUGCAGAAAGCAUUCAAACCAGCUGAAUCUGGUCCAGUGGAAAUGAAAUUCAAGAGCAAAUUAUGGAGGGCAAUGUGCAAAAGAUUGAUGUCAUUGAUCAGUUUGCUGGAGAAGGUUCAGUCACAUGAGAAGGCUGUAAUUGUGUUGGAGGGUAUUGCAGUUACAUUUCGUUUGGCUGCUCUAUGUACGGCAUUCUGUGGCCAAAGAGUUUCAGAUAGUCCUGACAGAAGCAAAAUAAAUGAUGCCGCCGCCAGUGGGAAGAUGCAAUGUUCCAUAGGAAUUUCAUCAAUGAAAAUACAACAGAUUUGGAUAAAUUUUGAGAUGUUUACUCAGGUCCUGGAAUAUGGAAGAAAACAACUGAUCAUUGGUUCCAAAGAUGAAGAAUUAGGGCCAUUAGUCGACAGAUUAAUAAAAGUAAUUGAUGCUGCAAUCUACUUGCAAGCUGUCCAAGGUCAGGUGAACAAAGAUGCACUUCAAACACUUUGUGACUUUUUGUCGUUACCAUGGAUUCACAACCACAGUACCGAUGCAGCUUUCAAAUCUGUUAACUUCAGUUCUGAGCUGGUAUCCCUAAGUCAGCAUUUGUCAAACAGUUUCUCACACCAGAACCAGGCAAAAUGUGUGUACCUGCUUUCUCUGCUACAUGAGAUAUGUCCUGAAUGGAGAACAGCAAUACACAGAUGGUCUUUGCAGAGUUCCAGUGACGUCACCUGUGCAGGUUCUGUGCGGGGAUUUCCCAUACUCCUGCAUUAUCUUGGUGUUAAGUCACACUCCCUCAUUGAGGAGCUUCUCUUAAACAAGCUACAAGAUGAUUCCAAUUUGAUACAUGAAGAAUUAGCCAAUAAUAUUGGAAAGUUAGUCUGUGUGCUUUCAAGCAAAUCUGAAUUGUUGCUUCCCACCAAUGACUUGCCACUUAUAAAUGCAAAUUGUGAUCUCCUAUGUAACAAUAUCACUGUACGAAGUGAAUGUGCAACCGCUGGACCAACAGUUGGACCUCCUAUUCUUAUUCCAUUCCUUGUGCUAAUUCAAAAGUCGAUGCCUGCUUCAAUAAAAUGUGCUUUCAUAAGCAACAUCCCAUAUCUGUGUAAACAUGUGAACUUGGCGAAAACUGAUUCGGAUACUGAAACCAUUUAUGGUGCGAUGCUGAACCUCAUGGAAGAUCCAGAUAAAGCUGUCAGAAUCGCGUUUAGUGAAAAAAUACAUCAUUUGUUAGAUUCUCAAGAAGGUGAAGAACAAAGUUUACUUAAAGAGCUGCUUGUAUCUAAGUUGAAGGAGGCAUACGCAAAUGCUAAGAUUUCAAGAAAUAAUGAGCUAAAAGAUACACUAAUUAUUACAACAAGAGAAAUUGGACGAGCUGCCAGAGGAGACCUGGUUCCAUUGGCCCUUUUGCACCUCUGCCAUUGUUUGCUGUCCAAGUUCACAUUUGUUGCAGGUGCUGCUUAUACAGAGAUCAGAGCACUAGCUGCAGCCAAAGGUAUGAAGCUGCAAGCUUUCUUCAGCCAGUACAAGAAGCCCAUAUGCCAGUUUUUGGUGGAGUCAUUACAUACAAGGCACCUGGCAGCCUGUACUAGUAAUGAGGGUCAGAGCAAGGACCAAUGUCAGCGAGAGGCAGAUCAUCAGCGGCAGAUUACACUUGACAUCUUAUCUGAAGUAGCUCAAGUGUUCGAUUUUCCAGACUUGAAUCGCUUUCUCACUGUAUGUAAAUAUUAUGUUUCUUCAAAUGGUAACUUUCCUGUAAUGAACAAUGAAAGAAUAUUUAACGCAGUACAAUUUCAUUGCAUGGCAUUUAAGCAAAAGAUUUAAGCGCCAACAACAAAACUUAAUAUUUAGGUAACACCACAGCAACUUAAAAAUGCUUAAAGCGAUAGGAUAGAUUCAGGUAAGAUGUUCCCCCUUGGUUGGGAGUCUAGAAUCAAGGACACAAUUUAAAAAUAAGGGGAAUGUUGCUUAGGUCCGAGAUGAGGAGAAUGUACUUUAUUCAGAGGGUUAUGAACCUUUGGAAUUCUCUACCAAAGAGGGCUGUGGAAGCUCACUGACUAUGUUUAAGGUAGAAAUUGAUAGAUUUCUGAUUACCAGUGGCAUACAGAUUUAUGGGGGCGGGAUUGUUAUAAAACAGCAAAGUGUUCAAACAGGUGUGAUCGUUUGAAUGGCGGGCGGGCUUGAUCAGCUGAAUGGCCUACUCUUCUUCUCAUGAUCUGACAAUAUAAAUGAUUAACUGUUCCAAGAUGGUUCACAGGAGCAGGAAAAAUAAAAGACACUUAGCAACAUAACGAGAUGUGAGACCACUUAGUUUGGCAAAAGGUUAGAUUUUAAGGAGUGUUUAAAUGGUAUGGAAGGACAAAAUGGGUCAGCAAAGGCUUGUAGGGCCAAAUGGCCUGUUCCUGUGAUGUAUUGCUCUUCAUUUUUUAUAAAGGGAGAGGAGGGAGAU